CCUCAAGUGAUCCACCCUCCUCGGCCUCCCACAGUUCUGGGAUUACAGGAGUGAGCCACUGUGCCCAGCCAAGGAUAUUUCCUAAUAGUUCUAGUCUAUUAAGUGCCUUUUUCAGUAAUAAACACUGGCAUUUAAACAUUUUAAAUGCAUUCAUUGAGAUGAUUUUAUUACAUUCUUGUAGCCAUAUCCUGUUAACGAAGUAAAUUGCAUUGAUUUUUGAAUUUUAACCCAAACUUACUGCAUUUUAGAAAUGAACACCACUUGCAAUGUAUAUGUGAGUAGAUUUGAUUUUCAAACAUUUUGUUUUGGAUUAUUUUAAUGUAUUUGUAAAAUUUUGAUAUCAGGAAGUGCUGACCUCAGUAACUAAAGUGGGUAGUGCUUCCUCUUAUAUGCUCUGGGAGAGUUUAUGUUAAGUUAUAAUCAUUUCUUUGAAUUCAUCCAUAGAACCAUCUAGGCCUAACUUUUUGGUUGAUUUGUCUUUAAUUAUGCCAGUGGUGCAAUUAAUUACUUAUCUCUUUUCUAUUUCUAGCUUGCAGUUUUAAAGAAUCUACCAACUGUUGAAAGAAAUCCCUAGAGACUCAAGGGACUGAAUCAUCAAAGUUAAGUCUCUCUGAGAUUUAUUGCUAAGAAUGGCUUUAGAUCUAAGAACCAUAUUUCAGCAUGAACCAUCCGAGAAUAAUCUUGGAUCAGAAAAUUCAGAGUUUCGACGAAGUCAAGGACCUGCUGUUCAGACAGAAGAAGGGAUUUCUGAGUUCUCAAGAAUGAUGCUCAAUUCAUUUCAAGACAGCAAUAAUUCAUAUGCAAGGCAGGAAUUGCAAAGACUUUAUAGGAUCUUUCACUCAUGGCUGCAACCAGAAAAGCACAGCAAGGAUGAAAUUAUUUCUCUGUUAGUCCUGGAGCAGUUUAUGAUUGGUGGCCACUGCAAUGACAAAGCCACUGUGAAAGAGAAAUGGAAAUCAAGUGGCAAAAACCUGGAGAGAUUCAUGGAAGACCUGACUGAUGACAUCAUAAAUCCACCUGCCUUAGUCCAUGUCCACAUGCAGGGACAGGAAGCUCUCUUUUCUGACAAUAUGCCCUUAAAAGAUGUCAUUGUUCAUCUCACAAAACAAGUGUCUGCCAAAACCCCAAGAGAAGCAAACAUGGGGACACCCUUCCAGACUUCCCAAGACACUUCCUCAGAAACAGGACAAGGACGUGAAGAUGAACAAGAUGGCUGCAACAGUUCUUUGAAAACUACUCAAGUAAAUGAAAGUAAUACUAAUCAAGACAAUCCAAUAGUUUCUCUAAUCAUCAUCCAGGAAGAGAAUGGCCCUAGGCCUAAAGAGGGAGGUGUUUCUUCUGACAACCCAUACAAUUCAAGAAGAACAGAGCUAGACACUGCUAGAUCCCAGGAAGGGUCCACGAACGGAAUUAUUUUUCAAGGUGUCCCUAUGGAGAUGGGAGCAGGGUUUAUCUCUCAGCCAGAGCAGUCAUCCCCUGAGUCUGCCCCUACCCACCAGAGCAAUAAGGGGAACUCCACAUGUGAGGUACAUCAGAAAGGAUCCCAUGGAGUCCGAAAAUCAUACAAAUGUGAAGAAUGCCCCAAGGUCUUUAAGUAUCUCUGUCACUUAUUAGCUCACCAGAGAAGACACAGGAAUGAGAGGCCAUUUGUUUGUCCCAAGUGUCAAAAAGGCUUCUUCCAGAUAUCAGACCUACGUGUGCAUCAGAUAAUUCACACAGGAGAGAAACCUUUUACAUGCAGCAUGUGUGAAAAGUCCUUCAGCCACAAAACCAACCUGCGGUCUCAUGAGAGAAUCCACACAGGAGAAAAGCCUUAUACAUGUCCCUAUUGUAAGAGAAGCUACCGCCAGUCAUCCACAUACCACCGCCAUAUGAGGACUCAUAAGAAAAUUACUCUGCCAACUGUUCCCUCCACACCAGAAGCUUCCUAAGUUGCUGGUCUGAUAAUGUAUAUAAAUAUGUAUGCAAGUAUGUAUAUUUUCAUAGUAUUUAUCUACUUAGGAUGUAAUUUCCUGAUUAUGCUUUCAAUUUAUUGUCUUGCUUCAUUAAAAUGUGAGGCUAAGGAGAGCAUGGAAUUUGUUAGUUUUGUUCACUAAAGUAUUCCAAGCAGUUGGGAAAGUGGAAUGUUUCUAAGAACCAAUAAAUUUCUGUUGAAUAAAUGAAUUAAUCCAUAA